UUAAAUAAACCGAUAUCAAAGAGAAAAUGCUACUUUUGCUGCUUCUCCUCCCGAUGUCUGGCCUGGUGACCGAGGCUUUAUUUGGGUCUCACUGCCAAGAUAGGCAAUUGAAACCGUGCACCAGGGGUUGCUCGUGGGGUCAGGAGCGUCACUUCAACGGCGUAGCGAACCGCGUCCUGCCCGGUCACGGCUACUGCAACCUGACGGUAGCUUCGCCGGUCCUGUGCGGCAGGGAGUGUCUUAUCGAUGAUCGCUGCUUCUCUUUCCACUACUCGAAGGGGGAGAGGCGGUGUGAGUUGAACGGGGCUACAGCGUCGCGAUACCCGAUGGCUAUGAUUGAGAGAGCUGGUACCGACUACUUCGGUCUGGAGCAGCCGAGUUUUGCUGAGCUGCUAACAAAUGGAAGAGAAGUUCCAAUAAGCCUGACUGACUGUUGGUACCACACUCACGCAUCAGCCGCCUCCGAGUGUCGUAGGACCGGCCAACACCUCUGCAUACAGUGGGAACUUGACCACGCCUCCAAGGAGGGCUACCCUGCCACACCUCCCUCAUGGUACGCUGAUCCUGACAGCCAGGCCGUGCUGACCGAGACCGGAGUGACCUACCAGGACCUGCCGCUGACCGCCCCGUCUCCCGGCUUGUGCUGCUCCCUUCCGAUGACCUACCGAGACCCAGUCAUCACUCCGCAGAGCUACGAGCUCGCCGACCGUGCUGGGCAGGCCAGUGGUUGUUCCGACCUGGCAGCUCAUCCCUGCACCCUUGCCGAGCUGAAGGAGGCUUAUGAUCGAGGUUACAAAUCGGGUUUUUGGCUGUAUUUCGCGAUACCCAACCGUGAUGCUUCAGUUGCUAGAUGCACUGCUCAUUAUGGCAACGAGUGUUACCAAGAUACCAUAGCAAACACACCAAGACCAUACCCGCGUGCGCGAGUGUACUGCUGCCCAAACCGUGUUUAA